GAUAUGUCACGCCCAUCUGACGAAAAAUGCAGUUAGCCCUCAGGGAGCUAUUGGACUGUUCCGUUUUGCUAAACAAACCAGGUGGCUUCCCCUUUUGCAACAGAACAGCCCAAGUAAGAUCAGUCAGAGUGAAGGGGUCGAGUGAAAAAGUAACCGAGUGGAUCACCCUGCAGCAGCCCGGCGGGAGCCAACGCCUGUCGUCCUGCGGCGGGUGGGACCCCCGGGGCUCCCCAAACCAGGCGUCGUCGUGUGCCCUCCGUGCCCAAAGACGUGCGCCCUCGGGGCACCGGAGCCGCGGGACGAAGCGGGAUCCUUGCGGGCAGCUGAGGGCACCAACGGGCACCCUUUCCGGCGCCGCCCACUCGGCCUCCUUCCCCGCAGGAGCCCACCAUGGCGAAGAUGGAGGUGGACGCCAAGUUCGUGAGCUCCGUCCGGGGAGGCCUCAAGAUCGGCCGCAUGGUUUUAGCCCUCCAUGGCCGUUCAUCCACUUUGCAUGGCUUUGUAGCCGCAUUGAGGAGGGUCAUGAAGCAUUUGUCACCCUUGUGAUAAUGGAAUUUGUCAUUACUGGAUUGUUCUUUUGUCUGUAUCUGCUGGGACUGCAAAAAAAGCUGCAGUUCUUCUUUUGGCCCUUAGCUGAUGCUUUCAACAGCCUUGUGGCAGCACUGUUCUUCAUCAUUGUGGGUCUGUGCGCAACAGUAAUCAAGACAAACACUGGGACUUUAGUCGGAGGAGUGUUUUGUCUGCUGCUGUUUGUUCUUUCGAUAGCAGAUGCCAUUGUCCUCUUGAAAAUGAUUACCUUUAACAAGGAUGCAAGAAGGAAUCCUACUCGCACGUAGAAUGACCAGCUAAAAACCGAGAAAGCCUGUGGAGCAGCAGACUUUUUGGGUUACAAUCUGCUACGUAUUUUUCUUUAAAAAAAAUUAAAAUCAGGGCAGGAUCCGGCACGUCAAGUACUUUUUAAGUCCCACCAAUUUGAACUGGAGGAAUCUAAGUAUGUUCUUAUCUCUCUGACUGAAACCGAGGGGACAUAAAGAGGCUCUUUGCUUUGCUUUGGCUGGAUUGUGUCUUCACGUUUUGAAUUUAUUUCUCUGGGAAUUUUUUUUGUGCACUUUUCAGAUUUGUUCACUUUGUUGAGCCAGUAUGGUCAAUGUUUAAAGUAGAAAAGGGCCUGUAAAUUUUAUAAAGUAUCUGUUCUUUGUAGAUACCAUUUAAUAUCUGUAAGUGUUUGUUAGCUGCAGUUCUAACCAAUGUUAAAUGUCAGAUGACUGUAAGUUUCCGCAGUGGUUUAAAUGCUAAACAUUUUAAUUAAAAGCCUUCAGCUAGAAAAA